UUUAUAUCGAUCCAGCAUUCAAUUUCUUCUUCUUAGCGAUGAUAUUGAUUUCUUUUGGGUACUGUGGUUGGUACAACCUCAUCAUCCCUCACGCUUUGGAGAAAGGGUUAGCAGUAGAAGAGAUCCUAAUUCUUACACUCUCUACAGCUGUUGGCAGUGUGAGUGGCAGGGUCCUUGUUGGUCUCCUCUGUGACAACCGCUUUAGUCCAGUCACCAUAUACCUUAUAUGCACUUUCCUUGAUAUAGUUUCACUAUUGUUUGACGUGUUUCUUUCAUCCCUCUACGUCAUCAUUGUGUCGUCAUUUAUCAGAGCAGGAACUAUAGGAGGGAGAGCAAUAUUGGGAACUCUUGCAGCCCGGGAGAGGGCGUCUCCUGGCAAGAAGGAUAUUGUAUUUGCCCUUGGACUUUUUUGUUUCGGUAUUGGGCUUCUACUUGGGACCUUCUAUUCAGGAGCAAUAGCUCACAUAUCAUCGCAUUAUGACGUCACAUGGUGGCUGGUAGCUGGUAUAUGUUUGGAGAUAGCCAUCUUCCUGACUGUAUUAGUACCCUUACUUUUCAAGAAGAGAUGACCGUUGACAAGGAUAGGCGAUCAUUAUCACGAUAAAACAUUAACAAACUUAUUUUAAUCAAGAUGAGGUUAAGAUUUUCAAGAAUAAGAUUUUUGUUUGGUUUCCCAGAUGGUACGGAAUCUACCUUUAAUUUUGUCAUUUUAUAUGCAAAACACUAUAUUCUCU